AGGCUCUAUUAUUAAUAUAAUGAGAGCAACUUACGUUAUUUUAAUUCUUGCCUUUGUGGUCAUGGCUCAGGCUAGUCCAUUGACGAUGUUUAAGAAGGAAGAGAACUGGGGACUGGACUUUAAGGGAUGCAUUGAUGUUGCAAUUGAGCUAGGAGAGUGGGGAGCCAAACUCGCUUAUGGAAUAAUCACUUUUGAUACAGGAAUCGUAUCACUCCAGAUGUUCGACAUUCUCAGACUUAUCAUGAAGCUAGGAACAGACUGUCUUGAGGUGUUCCAAGAUGAGAGAAAUAUGUAAAAUCAUGAAGAAACUCGACUCACAAGCCAAGACUAAAUUCUAUCUU